GCGUCUCAUGAAUAUCGCCAUAUUGAAUCAUUGAAUUUACAAACAACAAAUAUCUCCAUAAACAAUCGGAGCAAUCUACAACUAAUUAUUAACAUUUGUGCUCAAAUCGUUCUUUAAUCUGAUAGAGAAUAAUACAUUCUACCUAUAUUACACUUUAUUCAACGUUUGUCUGUCGAAGGGAUAACUCUAUCUGCACGAAACUACCCGGAAAUAGAUUAUGGCUGAUACAGAAAACGGAGUCGAUGAACAAAACGAUGAUCUUUCUCGUGAACUUCUUGGUGAAACAGAUGAUCCAGCUGACGGGGAUGUUUCCAACGACCCUGCUGGUGGUGACAGUGUUGAGGGUGGUGCUACAGAAGAUAAUGCAGUGGAAGACCCUGAGUUAGAAGCAAUAAAGGCUAGAGUCAGAGAGAUGGAGGAAGAGGCGGAAAAACUGAAAGAAAUGCAAAAAGAAGUCGAGACACAAAUGAAUAUGGGAUCUCCAACUUCUAGUGGCGCUGCUUCUGUGAUGUCCCCUGAAAAUAAAAAAGACGCUGAUGCAAGGUCCAUCUAUGUUGGAAAUGUGGACUAUGGCGCAACAGCUGAGGAAUUAGAAGCACAUUUCCAUGGUUGCGGAUCUGUCAACAGAGUUACUAUAUUAUGCGACAAAUUCUCGGGUCACCCUAAAGGGUUUGCCUAUAUAGAGUUUGCAGACAAAGAUGCCGUCACGACAGCACAAUCUUUAGAUGAGUCCUUGUUUAGAGGGCGACAAAUAAAAGUAGGGGUCAAAAGGACUAAUCUCCCUGGGACCACGAUUCAGGGCAAGAAGAGCCAGCUAUUAUUCCCCAUACUAAUGAAAAAGCAGAGAUCUGGAGUAAUUUGGGUUCAAUCCAUUCGUUGCUAUAGCGACGUGACCUGCAGACAACAAAUAGAACUGAGGACGAGGAAAGAAGGAUUAAUACAUACAAGGCCCCUGGAUAGCAUGUGCAUCAAAAAUCACAUAUUGGGUUACAUUACAAUGGAGUCCUAG